AUGAGAAAUGUUGUACUGAAGAAGGAGAUGAAGUUCCCUAAUGCAAAGGUGUUCAGAGCUGCUUUGAGGGAGUAUGCAAUCAAAAAACCUAUUGACAUCAAAUUCAAGCUUAAUGAGAAGACCAAGAUAUCAGUUCACUGCAAGAAUGGGUGUGGGUGGAGAUGUUAUGCAUCUCAAAUAAGUGGAGAGCUAACAUUUCAAAUUAAGACCUUGACUGAUGACUGUACUUGUCCCAAGUCUUUUAAAAACAGCCAAGCAACAUCAGCUUAUGUUGCUAAGAGGUUCAUUGAGGAUUUUAGCAAAAAUCCAAAUUGGGAGGUGAGUGGUGUACACAACCAUGUGAUGCAAAAUUUAUCUGUUGACCUAAGUGUAAACCAAGUGUAUAGGUCAAAGAGAAAGGCAAAGGAUUUGAUAAAUGGAGAUGAGCAACUGCAAUAUGGUGUCCUUAGGGACUAUGCACAAAUGAUAACCACUGUAGACAAGGGGAGUAGGGUUAUACUGCAGACAGAAAUGGCUGAGGAGACUUCCCAGCCAAAAUUUAAGAGGAUGUAUGUUAGGUUCAAUACUCAGAAGGUAGGAUUUUUAGGUGGAUGCAGGCCAUUUAUAGGUUUAGAUGGUUGUCACAUAAAGCACAGAUUUGGUGGGCAAAUCUUAUCUGCCACUGCCAAGGAUGCAAAUGACAACAUUUUUCCAGUAGCCAUGGCUGUUGUGGAACAAGAAACCAGGGAGUCUUGGAUAUGGUUUUUGGAAAUUUUUGCUGAUGAUAUAGGGAGGCCAGAGGAGUUUCAGUUGGUCUUCAUUUCUGAUAGGCAAAAGGGGCUUAUACCUGCAAUAGAGACACUAUUCCCUACCGUGGAGCAUAGAUACUGUGUGAAACACAUCUACAACAAUUUCAAAGUUGAUCACAAGGGAUUGGAGCUGAAGGAUGCAUUGUGGAGGUGUGCUGCUGCCACAACAGUAAGGGAGUUUGAGAGAUGCAUGCAGUACAUAAGGGAUUUGGAUGAAAAGGCAUAUGAGUAUCUUGCAAACAUUGCACCUGCACAGUGGACAAGGUCACACUUCACUCCUAGGGCCUUAACAGAUUGUUUGGUAAAUAAUUUGAGUGAGUCUUUUAAUGCAAUGAUAUUGAAGUCUAGGGACAAGCCUAUCUUGGCAAUGUUGGAGUGGAUUAGGGUUAGACUUAUGACUAGACUUUACACAAAAAGGGAAGGGAUACAGAAGUAUGUUGGAAAGUUGUGUCCAAGCAUACAAGAUAGGUUGGAGAAAUUGAAGGUUGAAAUUUCCUUUAUGAGGUAG